AUGGCACGGGCUGCAAAGAAACCCAAGCUGCAAUUCGAGUGUUUCAUUCAACCAUUUUCUAUGCCAGUACUUAGAACUCACGUGCUGUGUCCAGCAUGCCCACAUCCAGGCAAAAAUUUACCCUGUGGUUGGGAGAAUUCACCUCCAGCAACAAGGCAAGUAUGGUUGUAUGCACUUUUCGUUGCUAUAGAUGCAAAUUUCUGUCUCAAAUGGAAGGCUGUCUCCUCUGACCAAGUGGAUCCUGGUUUAAAUGCAGGAUGGGCCUAUUUUGUGGAGGAGCACACAUACAAGAGCUACCUAUCUGAGCGACGCAGCCUGGCAGCAACUGGCAUAAGAACCAUCAACUGCGCUCAACAUGAGUUCAAAUUGCCAAAUGGGGUAGGUGAUCUACAGAAGGGCAAAAGGUAUCUCAACAUGGACUAUCUUGUUUUUUCGGCACUCAUUGGAUUCACAGUCACAAUGCUAAAUAUCUCCUAUGAUAUCGCUUGCCAAUGGUCAAAGAAUCUAUGGAGCAGAAUGGAACACAUGCUGGCCCAACUUCAUAUACCACACAAAAACAUACUAGUUCGAUACUUCAUACCAAAGUUUCAUAUCACGGCCCACAUCACAGCCUGUCAACUCACAUUCUCAUGGAACCUUACUAAGUGGGUAGGUCGGACUGAUGGAGAGGCCCCAGAAUGGGGUUAG